AUGGCUUCGAGGGAUGAGAACAGGGGUCCAGAGUUGCAAGCAGUGUGCUCGACAUUUGUGUCUUGUGCCUUUGUAGCCACUGUUUUGCGGGUUUACACGCGGACUCGCAUUGUCAAGGCGUUUGGCGCAGACGACUGGUGGAUGCUGGCUGCGCUCAUGUUCCAUGUUAUGUUUGCAACUUGCGCGAUAGGCGGCAUUCAUUAUGGCACUGGGCGUCAUAUGGAUACGCUGUCGUUUGAGCAGCAGUACAAGGCUCUGCGGUACUGGUGGUUGUGCUACAUUGCCUACUGCUGGGCCAUGAUUACAUCCAAGAUCUCCAUUGGGCUCUUCCUGCUGCGCGUCACCGUCAAGAAGCUGCACAAGUGGAUCAUCUUCAUUGCCAUGGGCUUGACCGUCAUGACUGGACUCAUCUUCUUCUUCGUCACGCUACUACAAUGCACGCCCAUCCGGUUCUUCUGGGACAAACAUAUCGACGGAGGCACUUGUAUCAAUGUCGAUGUCAUCAUCGCCCUUACAUUUCUGUACAGCGCCAUCUCCGUCAUCAGCGACUUCACCUUUGCCAUUCUCCCCUUCUUCCUCAUCUGGGGCCUCAACAUGUCGCUCAAAACCCGAGUCUUGUUGAUUCCAGUCCUAGGAAUGGCCUGCGUUGCCAGUAUAGCCGUCUGCGUCCGCAUGGGCUAUGUAAUGGAUUUCAAGAACCCCGACUUUCUCUGGGCAACCGUCGACAUCGCCAUCUGGUCCGACAUCGAACAAGGCCUUGCCAUCACCGCCGGCUCCCUCGCCACGCUGCGGCCCCUCUGGCGCCAGGUCUCAUCCGGCCUCGGCAUGUCGUCCUCCUCCUUUGGGCCCUCGACGCCCUCCGGCAUGCGCACACCGCAAUGGAACGGCGACCCCACCACCACCAACGAGAUCCGCAAGAAGCCGUCUUUUCUCAGUAGUAUGAGAUCCCUGUUUCAAGCUGAAAACCCGUCGUCCUCCGUAAAGGACGCCGACGACGAUUACGGCAUGGGCAACCUCGCGCCCAUCCGCCUCCGCGACGACGUCUCAGCUGAGCCCGAGAAGAGCGACUCGGCGUUUACAUCGUGGCGGAUAAAAGGCGGCUGCAGCGACAGCGUAUGUGACGAGGAAACCCGCAUCGGCGGCAUCAACACUGUGGAAACACAUGUCGGUGCGAACAAGAACGAUCGAUGGCGGUGAUGAAGCUCCUAUCUAGUCGAUUCUUCAAGCAACAGUAAAAUUCAUUUCAAAAAUCAUGCCCAGACACGAGAGCGAUUUUUUUCUUCUUCAUACCUAGCAUUCAUUGUCCUCUUUUAUACCUGAUUCGAUUUCGUUUCGCUAGAUACCAA